UCGUCCAUUUUUAUUCAAACUCCGUGACGCUAGCAGUAGGGAGGGCAAAGUUGACGUUUCGUGUUGUUUGUCUUAGCUCGGAAAGUGGAAAUACCACAUUAGUUGUUCGAAAUGUUUCUCCGUGCGAUCGCAUUGCACGCCAUAGCUUUGCUUCUAGUGGCUGUUAAUGGAGAAUGGAACACCAAAGAUUAUAUGAAGCGAGAACAUUCGUUGAUGAAGCCUUACCAAGGGUCCGGAAUGACCGUUCCGUUCUGGGACUUCAUGGGGAGCACGAUGGUCACGAGUAACUACGUACGAAUCACUCCCGAUCUUCAGAGUGCUCAAGGAUCUCUCUGGAACACUGUGCCAUGUAACGUACGGAACUGGGAGUUGCAAGUGCAUUUAAAAAUCCACGGAAAAGGUAAAGAUUUAUUUGGUGACGGUAUGGCUAUUUGGUAUGCAAAAGACCGUAUGGUUCCUGGGCCUGUGUUUGGAAACAUGGAUUACCAUCAUGGUUUAGCUGUUAUUAUUGACACCUACAGCAAUCAUAACGGACCUCACAAUCACCAACAUCCAUACAUAUCAGCAAUGAUUAAUAAUGGUACAUUACAUUAUGACCAUGAUCGAGACGGAACUCACACCCAGCUUGCAGGCUGUGAGGCCAAAAUGCGUAAUGUAGACCAUGACACUUACAUAGCCAUCCGUUAUGAGAAUGAUAUUCUAUCAGUUUCUACUGAUAUGGAAAACAAAGCUGCCUGGAAAGAAUGUUUCUCUGUCAGAGGCAUUCGUCUUCCCACUGGGUAUUAUUUUGGUAUCACUGCUGCCACGGGAGACUUAACAGACACUCAUGAUGUUCUUUCAGUUCGUCUGUUUGAGCUUGAUACCCCAAAUGAUGUAAAGGAUGAAGACCGGUCUCACAUCAUUCCCCAGGCAUCAUUCUUUGAACCUCCGAGAGAUCAUGUAGAUGACCCGAAACCAUCAUCUCUGGGAGGAGUGAAGAUGUUCCUUCUGAUGAUGGUUGGCGCGAUAGCAAUCAUUGCCUGUGUUGUUUUCAGCAUUAUGUUUUAUCAAAAGCAUCAAGAAAACAAUAGGAAAAGAUUUUAUUAAUUUGUUUCUUUCUUAAGUUUUAUUCUGAUGCUAUUGCCUUAUUCUCAUUUACAAAUAUCUCUGAGGAAAGUGUGUUAGUCAAAAAAACUGCAUCAAAAUUUCCUCAAGACUGAGAAGGGCUAGUCAGCUAGUCCCAUUGAGUGUUUGUGAUCCUUAAGGUAUGUUUAAAAAAUAGUAACAUUUCUGAUUGGAAGUUAAGUGGGGUUCUCAGUGGGAGAAGUAGAUAUGGCUGAAGUAUGGGAUGGGGAGGGGAGGGGAGGGAGUGUAAAAAUGACAAGUACAAAGUAAUUGACAACCUAUUUAUCUUGGACCAAAUUAACUGACUUCUGAUGAAAAUGGAAACUGGCUCAAGGAUGAAAAAUAUUAUAAUAGAAAAUCUGGACUUUCAUUUCUCAUUCAUUUUAGACAGUUCUUACAGUCCACUGACUUUACCCAAUACUCAAAAUCAUGAUGUGUACAAUGUCAUCUUGCCAUGUACAAUAUCUGGACAUAAAAAAUUUAAUGUGUUGUAUUUUUUUACUUAUGGCGUUUCUUAUUGUUGUAUGAAAUUGAGGUAUGUCUUGGGGUGUUAAUUGUACUUGUUGAUGCAAAUAAUGUAUUUCUAGACUGUCCAAUGAAAAUUUUCUCAUCUUUCCUUAUGCUUUUAUCUUUCAAUUUGGCUUUUAGGAGAGGUGAGUAAAUCAUCUGAAGGGCAUAGAGAACAAAGGUUUCUUUUGUGGCUUACCUAUCCACAGAAAUAUCACAGUAAUGACCGAUAAGAUGUUAGUCUUCCUGUUUCUAAAAUGAACUAAAAUUUAAGUGCUGGUCACUUGUUUUUGACCCUCUUUUAAAGUGAUUUCUAUGUUUUAGUUUUUCUCAUUUAUUAAGACAAUCUAAAAUGUGCGCCAGUAUUUCAUUUUAUUGAAUAGGUGGUAAAAACGGGUAGAAUGGCAAUGUGCCAUUUUAUUGCUAGUAUGUUCAUCUGUUGUUAUCACUGCUGCUUUAUUUUAUGCAUUUCUCACAAUUGUGGAGGGCUUUUGUUUUCUCUUGAUGAAAGGUUUCUUCAAUUUGUGAUUUCUUGGAAAAUGGUUUUUGAAAUAUCACAGUUUUGGGAGCAUAUUGUCAUGUUUGUCAGUAAAGGCAGUUCUUUACUUCUAAUCACGUCCUUUUGCAGUUGUAAAUGGUGGGGCUCAUUUUGUGCAUUGUUCUCUCUUCUAUUUUACCAUUAUUUGAUCAUGACAAAGAAACAUCUGUGUAAAUCUCAAGGUUUUCCACCAGGGAACACUGGAAAUAAAUUAAGGCGCAUUGUUUUGAAUGUUGUGUACGAAUACUCUACUGCUUCCAAGUUAUGCUUCAUAAUUUUUAUUUGCUUGCAAGGUUGUGUCAAAGUGAUAAAUCAUUACAUUUCGUUUUCCUUUUGGGGUAGAGGCAGCCUUCAAAUAUUUGGCAUAUCGGUAUUGUGUGAAAAUAUAAGAGCUUAAGAGUCUUUUAUUAUUUUAAUUAAAGAGAAAUACUCCGGUUGAGAAGACCUCUCCAUCUUUAAAAUAUGUAUUUUAGUGUGAGUACGUGUGUGUGUGUAAAUGACUGUAUGUUUUAUUGACCUAUUUAUAUGGUGUGAAAUGUGAAAUUAAUCCCAUUCUUCCCCUUAUCAGUUAUUCUUAGACGAAUAGUUGAAUGACUGAUUUCCUGUCUAUCAUCCCUCCUUUUGAGUUGUGAUAAUAUUCUAUUCAUUCUUUGUAAGGGAGGCAAACUGUGCCAAAAUGUGCUCAGCUCAUGAGAUGAUACCCAUGUGGUCAUGAAUAUAUGUUUAUGUCUGGUUCAGCACCUGAUUUCUUUUUUUCUGGUUUUGUUUUUGGUCUGUGUGUGGAAGUGUGAAGCGGUGGUGUUCACAUUUUUUUUUCUGCCUUUUCUGCCGUUAUGAUGAAUAUGUUAGUAGCUAGGUAGUACAUUAAUAAAAGCAGCUUGGAGAGA